AUAACACCUAACCUUACGCAAUGAUCCGUAACCGAUAUCAACCCACCUUCAGUUCGAGGAAACCCAACCAUCUUUUUUCUCUCCUCUUAUCCUUUUUCUCCCCAUCUCAGUCAGCACCGAGCAUCGUCGGAAGGCUUGUACUCCAUUCCCUUCUCACCACCCGAGAUCUAUCUCUAUCCACCGUCCUCCUCCUCCUCCUGACCGUAGCACGUUUUCUUCCUCUUGCCGUCACAUCGAGCUCGCGUCCGGGUCCGGAUCCUUUCUUCUGAAGCCUUACGGCAUUUGCCCUCCCGUCCACGCUCCCCUCCCUUCCACUCUCGACGUCAGCCUGGAAGCAAAUAUCCUGUCAUGACCACCACGUCGCCGCCUUCAAUCUCGCAGCUAUGAAGGCUAGGGGAGCUUCGGGGGCGGCAGCUCCGAUAUGGUCGGCCGCUAUUUUGCUUCUGACUACCCUGUUGUGGGCCGUCCCGGCCGUCCGUGCCGAAAAUGGUCCGACGAUUGUUGUGAAAGAGUUCGAGAACCCUCCGAAUAACCUGAAUUAUUUCCGAGGCACCAACGUCGCCAUAUUUCAAGAGGCCUACGGGCGGACCAUCUGGAAGUCGACCGACGGAGGCACAUCGUGGUCCAAGGUGGACGGAAUCGAGCAUGACAAGGCUGCCGCUCUGGUUAUGCACGAAUACGACUCGAAUCGCGCCUACAUCCUGUCCGCCGGUAACGUCCAUUGGAAGACCCACGACCGAGGGGAAACCUGGCAGACCUUCUCGACCGAGGCGUACACGAGCGAUUUCCCCGACACCAUUGGCCGAUGGAUGUCGUUUCACGCCACCGAUCCCAACAAGAUCCUCUUCACCGGCAUGGAAUGCGACGGGCUAUUCUGCGAGGAGCUAGUAAUGUACACAGAGGAUGGAUUCCAAGAAAAGGCUAAGUUCCUACGCGGACACACACAGGCCUGCUGGUGGGCCAAAUCGUCGCCACUCUUCACUACGGGCAAUGAGGAAUGGGACGACCGGAGAGUGCUGUGUAUUGUCAGGGGCGGCGUCUUUUCGCCCCAGGAGGAAAACCGUCUCUUGAUUUCCGACAAGUACUUCAGCAAGACGGACGGAGUCGUCCAGGAGUAUGAGCCGAACCUGACCGGCGAUGGGCCCAUGCAGGGCGUCAUAAGCAUAGUUGAAGUCAAGAAAUAUCUUCUGGUGGCCGCCGCGGCGCGCAAUACAGCCGAGAUGGCCCUGUUUGUGACUAGCGAUACUCAGACGUGGCACCGUGCCGUCUUUCCCCAGGACCAUCCUCUUCUCAAGGCCUCGUACACCGUGCUGGAGAGCACCAACUACAGCAUCCAGAUUGAUGUAAAGACAAGCAGGCGGCUCUCAAAACCCAUGGGCACAUUGCUGACCAGCAAUUCAAACGGAACGUACUUCACGCGAAACGUAGAGCACACCAACCGAAACAUGGAGUCGUACGUCGACUUUGAGAAAGUAUCCGGCAUCCAAGGCAUCUUCCUGGUCAACCAGGUGGAAAACUGGGAAGAGGUCGAGGAAGAGGGGAAAGACAAGAAAAUCCGGACCAGGAUCACCUUCGACGACGGUAGAACGUUUGAGCCGGCCAAGGCGGGUGAUGAGGAAAUCCAUCUGCAUUCGGUCACAGAACUGAACAACGUCGGCCCCGUCUUCUCGAGCCCCGCCCCUGGUCUCGUUAUGGGCAAUGGAAACCUCGGGAAGCACUUGAAAGGCUACUGGGAAUCACGUCUCUACAUUUCGGACGACGCCGGCAGAACCUGGAUCGAGGGUCCCGAAGGUCCCCACAAAUACGAAUUCGGCGACCAAGGAUCUAUCCUUCUCGCCAUCAGAGACAGCAAGGAGGCCAAUGUGACGGAGAUCGAAUACUCCCUAGAUCACGGCAAGAACUGGGAGACGGCCAAGCUGCCAAACGACCUAAGCGUUUGCCCCUGGACCUUGACAACCACCCAAGACUCAAGUAGCUUAAAGUUCAUUCUCACUGCUCGUAAAGGGUCCAGGGCCUCGCCGACCGGAUUCUACGUCAUCUCCAUCGACUUCGAGGGCCUUCACGAGGAUACGUGCAAAGAAGACGACAUGGAAGAUUGGUUUGCACGGGUCGAUGACGACGGCAAGCCAAGUUGCGUGAUGGGACAUACGCAGAAGUACCACAGGCGCAAGAAGGACUCGAAAUGCUUUAUCAAGCAAGAGUUUAAGGACGUUAGGCCCGAAAUGACUCCGUGCGAGUGUGGUAACGCUGAUUUCGAAUGCGACUUCAAUUUUGUGGCAGACGGCGACGAGUGCAAACCUGCCGCCCCGGUCAGAGUCCCCGAAGGCGCUUGCAAAGCAGAUAAUCCGGACGAGACGUUUAAGGGGCCCUCCAGCUGGCGCCUCAUUCCCGGCAACGAAUGCAAACGCACCGAAGGCGAUCAAAAGGAUAAACAGAAAGAGUGGAAGUGCUCGGACGCCCAAGGCUCGCCCAGCACGCCUGGCGAUGACAAGGUUGGACAUGUUUUCACGUUCUUCAAAGGCGGGUUCAAUCGUUUUGAGAAGCACUACUUGGAGCGAGGCGAGUCCAAUAACGAGGCAGACGGGACAAUAAUAGCGAGGCCUUACAAAUCAGACCGAGACACUUACGGGGUCGGCGAUGUCUUCAUUACACAUAAUCACGGUAAGAAUUGGACCAAGGCUAAAUUCCCCGGCGAUGAGGGGAUUUAUUCCAUUGUCACCCAUCCUUACGUUAAGGACAUGGCCUUCUUCUUGACGCAGGGAAAAAAGGUCUUUUACACCGUCGAUCGGGGUCGACAUUUCGAUUCUUUCGAGGCACGAGAUCCGCCGGACACAUCCUCUAGCAGGCCACCGCUUUCGUUUCAUCCCGACUCCAGAGACUGGCUGAUUUGGCAUGGAAAAAAGUGCAACGGCGGCGACUGCUACAUGGAGGCUUCGCUUUCGACAGACCGCGGCGAUAGCUGGGAGACGAUCCAGCGGUAUGUGGAGAAGUGUGAAUUCACAGGUUCGUCAGCGUACAAGUUCCGGAAUUCCACCCAGAUAGUCUGUCUCGCAAGGAAACGCGAAGACAACGAGGAGAAGAACCCCCUUCAGCUCCUCUACAGCGACGAGUUCCCGAAAUAUAAACUAAGCGUGGCCUUGGAGGACGUGAGCAAUUUCGCGACCAUGGCCGAAUUCAUCGUGGUCGCUACCGAGAACAAGACGGAGAAGACACUGAACGCGCUGGCCAGUGUGAACGGGAAGGAUUACGCGCCCGCCCGAUUCCCGUACAACUUUGAGGUUCCGCAUACGAAUGCGUAUACCGUUCUCGACAGCUCCACCCACGCGGUCAACUUAUUCGUGGUGACCGAAGAAGAAAGAGGUCGGCGGUACGGAUCGAUCCUCAAGAGCAACUCGAACGGAACUUCGUACGUCCUAAGCAUCCCGGGCGUCAAUUGUGACGAUAGCUAUUAUGUAGAUUUCGAGAAGAUGCUCGGCCUCGAAGGUGUGGUGCUGGUCAACACGGUCGAGAACAGGGACAGCGACUCGGAGCCGAAGAGGCUUCAGACGCGAAUCAGCCACAACGACGGGGCCGCGUGGGGCUUCCUGCCACCUCCUGAACGGGACCUCGACGGCAACCCGUUCAGCUGCCACAGCGAAACCGGUGACGAGGCGUGCGCCCUCCACAUCCACGGCUACACUGAGCGGGUAGAUCAUGGGAAGACUUACUCGUCCAAGUCAGCCAUUGGCAUCAUGUUCGGUAUCGGCAACGUCGGUCCCAUCCUGGGAGAUUUGAAGGACGCGGACACGUUCAUGACAACUGAUGCGGGACUGAGCUGGAAGAUGGUGAAGAAGGGAAGCUGGACGUGGUCUUUCGGCGACCAGGGGUCCAUCGUGGUCCUCGCACAGAGAAAUACGCAAUCCAAGUCCGUAUCCUAUUCGCUCGACCGCGGCGACACGUGGGAAAACUAUGUCUUCUCGGAUAAAGAUGUCACCAUUACCGAUAUCACGACUGAACGGUCCGGCGCAUCUCGAAAUUUCAUCCUGUGGGGCCACCAGAAGGAGAAGCUGUUCACGGUCAACCUCGACUUCUCGGGUCUAGCGACCGAGCAGUGUAAGGACGACGAGGACCGAGAUAAGUCUGACUACGAACUGUGGCUGCCAACGCAUCCGCUGCAGCCCAAUAACUGUCUCUUCGGCCACAAAAACUACUAUCUACGGAAGAAGAAGGACAGGAAGUGCUACAACGGUGAUAAGCUUACGCAUCUGUACCGCGUCGAGGAUUGCGAAUGCACCCGACAAGACUUCGAAUGUGAUUACAACUUCGAGAUGCACAAUCACGGACAGUGUAAACUAGUCGAGGGUCUGAAGCCUCUGGACCCGGUGCAGGUCUGCAGGGAGAACCCCGACGAGUUCGAGUACUACGAGCCCAGCGGGUUCCGUCGAAUCCCGUUGACAACUUGCAAAGGAGGGUUCGAGCCCGACAAAGCGCUCACGCCCCACCCCUGCCCAGGCCACGAGGAAGAGUUCGAAAGAGCGCGGGGUGUGUCGGGGGUCACGAUCUUCUUCGCCGUCGUCGCUCCGAUCGGCUUCGCGUCGCUCGCGGGCUGGUGGGUCUACCGCAACUGGCGGAGCAAGUUCGGGCAGAUUCGGCUGGGGGAACAGAACGGCCUGGACAGCGAGUCGCCGUGGGUCAAGUACCCGGUCGUGGCGGUAUCGGCGGUGGUGGCAGUCGUGGGAACGCUACCCCUGGUGGUGGGCGGCUUGUGGCGCAGCGCGAGCUCCGCCCUAGGGAGGGCCAGGGGCGGUGGUAAUGGCGGCGGCCGUUACAGCUGGCUACGGGGAAGCAGCCAGCGGAGGUAUACGACGAGAAGCAGUUUUGCUCGAGGUAGAGGCGACUACUCUAUCGUAGACGAAGACGAAGGCGAGCUUCUAGGGGACGACAGCGAUGACGAGAUGUAAAGGGCGAGGUUGCGGAGGACAGUUUCGGUCGCAUCGCGGGGGAGGAUCAAGGAGCGCCGAAGGCAUUGCACAGCUUACAAGGCGCACCGGUAAGGUUUGGUUAGGAUAGUCGAAAGAUUAUAUAUUGGGUAGAAGUCGACCUAGGCGGUGGACGGUGCUCGGUGGUGGUCGUUGUCUGUAUCAUGUACGAAAGGUAAUGAAAUUCAGUUGUCACGAUCAAAAACAAUAGAGAAAUAGUUUUCGCGA